UUGUACUCAAGUACUUUUAUGUACAAAAUUCCCUGUCAAUCGCCGUCAUUGGAAAAAUCAUCCUAAAUCAUCACCAUCUAGCUGCAUAGAUACAGCGGUACUGCAUGUGUCCCUCACACGAUAUUAUCUUUAUUUCGGUAGCUUUCAACCUCCUAUGUUGGGCAGCCUACUUUAGUACUUUAGCCAACUCCGCAAUCAAGUAUCAGGUCGGAGGAUCCAUGAAUAUUGAUUGCGGCUUGCCUGAACAUCAACACUUCUAAAAAAAAAAUCUCCAAGGCAGUUUUUCCUUUCUUUUCUUGAUACGCAUCUCCUUCCGUCCGUUCGGUCUGAGUCAGCCCUGUAUGUUAGCUCUUCCACCAAAUUUGAAGCACCGAUCAUACUAAUUAUAGCAAGCACUCAGUACAUUCGCCGUUAGCCCCAGUCCAGGAACACGCAUUUUUCUCCAAAUUAUCCUACGUCUUACUUCUCUUUCGAAAUGAUGACCCAAGAGUCACCCGAAAUUCCUGGAGUAGGGAGGAAGGAAGAUUAUGCGCUUGGCCGGAGUUCAACCGAAUCAAAACGACUAUCUGAUCAGCAUGAGGUCCUACUCAAAGCUGCCGGAGGCUACAUCCCAGUCCCAUUAUCAAUUGAAUGCGAAAUGCUUGAGGCAAUCCUUGACGUCGGAACUGGUAAUGGCGCUUGGCUAUUAGGCCUUCGACAGUCGGGAAUAAUACCUAACUCGGUUGAGCUAGUGGGUGUCGAUGUUAGUGAUAAAAUGAUGCCUAGCAUAGAGCUCGGCCGCAAGUUUGGUCUCAAUCUGCAAGUGAAAGAUCUCUGUGAACCAUUACCAAGUAGCUGGAAUGGGAAGUUUGACUAUAUACACGGGCGUCAUGUGUUCAUUUGGAUUGAGCCUUACAAAUGGUUAGACGUUAUGUGCAAUCUCAAACGUGCUCUCAAACCAGGCGGUACUCUUGUGAUCAUGUACCCCGGAGAAGUGCCAUACGACCAUAAAACUGAGAAGCCGUUGGCUAUCGAUACCGCGCCCAGAAGAUUAUUUUCGGCAUUUCUUCAGUAUACAGCAUCUGCCGGCUUACCUCGUCAAGCGGUUGCUUCUCUCCCCAAGCUACUACUUGAGGCUGGAUUCGACUCGGACUCAAUCGUUACCACAACCAAACGAGUCAACCUUGGAAGCGCUGAGCCAGAUUCAGCAUUGCGGCCGGCAUCAGCGCAUCACCUGGAUUUUUUGCUUGAAUUGAUGUACAAUCGUACUUCCUCUCCAGAAGAUGAUUUCCCGUCUCCCGGCGAUCACGUUGGAUGGGAAGAAUUGUUAGAAGGUUGGCAAGAAGCCACUGAUGCAGGAUUUUUUUACGAUCUUUUUAUCUUGUCGGCGAGAAAGCCGCAAAAUUGAAUCAAUGAUUGAUGCUAUUUGAUAAAAAAAAUCUGCCAGACGACGAAUAGGACCCACUUGAUAAAUGUCGAAUAUAUCUUUCAUGGGCCUAUAGUAUCAUAUCAUCCUGUUAAAAUCCCUAGCUAAUGUAAAAAUCACUAGAUCACCGUUGCUUCCACACAUUUUUCUCUCUAUUUUCUCAGUCAACUUGAUUGUUUCUCCAUUAUCUGCUUCCAUCUCUUUGUAUUUUAUGUUAAGUGCGCUAGUUCUCCUUUUUUCAUCUUCAAAUGCUUCUUCUCGAAUAUCAGUAGGUCAUUUGUGAUUCCAUAUUCUUCAGUUGUUUGGAGAUCUUUAUGUAGUUAAGAAUUCCUAACAUUUUCUCUCCAUAAAUAAGCGUAUCCGAUGAAUAGUUCCAGCCAUGCUAGAAAACAAAGGGCGAUGUUAAAGUAAAGAAUAUAGACUCUUGCUUGUUCAACUACACUGGCACGACAUGGACCAAGAGGAAGUUGAUGCUCGGGUCAAGAAAUAUAUCAUCAUAUGAGGUCUCCUCCAGUAGAUCUGACAAGAA